GAUGUCCAAUGACCAGAGUAGUUUCCCACAAAGGCAUGCAAGCAGCUGUCCCUUUGUUCGAACGCCAGUUCUUUCGAGCAUUUCGUCGAACACUUUCCACUCAAUACUUCCUCAACUCCAAAACUCUUCGAUUCUGCACUCAAGCAACUGAUAUCUUCAAAUCUAUCAAACACGAACAAACAAUUGACGUUUCUCAAUCGAUCAACGAGAAUAAAGAAGAACCCAAAAGCUUAUGUGGAAGGAUAGAGAAGCUAGCGAAAGGAGUCCCUGUUGGAUUCGCGUUCCAGAGCUGGAUGGGCGAUGGGUUUCCGAUCGACAGAGGCGAUAUCUUUCACACCAUUAAUCGUUUACGCAAGCGGAAGUUCAAUAAGCGUGCACUUGAGGUGAUGGAAUGGGUGAUUAGGGAACGACCUUACAUGCCAAAGCAACUUGAUUACUCGUAUCUACUAGAAUUCACCGCAAAGCUUCACGGGAUCUCACAAGGUGAAAAACUCUUUUCUCACAUCCCUAUAGAAUUCCAAGAUGAAUUACUCUACAACAAUCUCGUAAUCGUGUGCUUAGAUAAAGGCAUGAUAAGGUUAUCAUUAGCUUACAUGAAAAAAAUGAGGGAACUCGGUUAUUCCAUCUCGUACAUGGUCUUUAACCGCUUAAUAAUCCUCCAUUCGUCCCCGACCCGAAGAAAAUCCAUCCCGAAAAUCCUCACGCAAAUGAAAGCCGAUAAGGUGGCCCCACACGUCUCCACUUACAACAUCCUUUUGAAAAUGGAAGCUAACCAACACAAUAUUGAAGGGCUACUUAAAGUUUUCGGCGACAUGAAGCGAGUGAAUGUAGAACCGAAUGAGAUAACGUAUUGCAUAAUUGCGACUGCACAUGCGGUAGCUAGGUUAUACACUGCGUGUGAGACGUAUGUCGAAGCUAUUGAGAAGUCAAUGACCGGGAAGAACUGGUCAACGCUAGAUAUUCUCGUUAUAUUAUACGGGUAUUUAAGAAAACCGAAGGAUCUUGAAAGAAUUUGGAGAAUCGUGCAAGAACAACCCCGUGUUAAAUCGAAAAGCUAUGUUCUUGCAAUCGAAGCUUUCGGAAAGAUUGGUGAUGUAAGUCGAGCUGAAGAUCUUUGGUCGGAAUUGAAGUCAAAGGAGGAAUUAAAGUCAACCGAGCAUUUCAAUUCGUUGAUAUCCGUGUAUUGUAGACACGGGUUUGUUAGCAAAGCAACUGGGUUGUAUAAAGAAAUGGAGAAAUACGGAUGCAAACCAAAUUCGAUUACGUUUAGACAUCUCGCUGUUGGUUGCUUAAAAUCAGGGUUAAAAACGGAAACUUUAAAGACGUUAGACAUGGGUAUGGAUUUGACAACGAGCACGAGUGUGAAAAAGUCAACCCCGUGGUUGGAAACGACUUUUGCGUUAGUCGAUCUUUUUGCGGAAAACGGUGAUGUGGAGAAUGCAGAGAAGUUGUUUGAUGAAUUGAAGAAAGCAAGUUAUGCUAGAUAUAGUUUUGUUUAUAAUGCUUUGAUUAAGGGUUAUGUGAAGGCCAAAGUAUAUGAUCCGAAUCUGUUGAGACGAAUGAUUCUCGGAGGGUGUAGGCCGGAUGCUGAAACCUACAGUCUUUUGAAAGUUCUUGAACAGUUUCGGUGAUGGUUUCGGUCUAAUUAUUUUGCAUUUUCUUGAAAAAGAGAUUUUAUAUUUAUAUUACAAAUUACAAAAUCCCCAGUUUGUAUUAGGUUAUGAACAUUUUAUAUUUAUACUAUGUCAUUGUAUUUAUUUAA